UAGCACUUUGCUCGUAUCUUAAGCAAAUAUACUAUUUCCUUGCAAAUAAAUUGAAACUUGGACGAGAGAGGAUCGAUUGUUGAAGGAUAUAUUUAAGAACUCGAGAUAAAUCAUAAUCAUUGCAAACACAGUGUUUUAAAGCUGAUUGCAUUCUCGUGAAUCUUAUUAGUCCACGUUCAAAUUGUAAAUGUAUACCUGCAAAUGUACCUUGCAUAUAGAAAGGAAAAUUAAUAUAUGUGUUCAUUCUUCCUCUGCACAGAUGGACAGAGCACGAAUGUUGCCCAUGGACCUACCUGCAUUCACUGCCAAUAGCAAUGGCAGUGUUAAAGGCAAGGUAUCUUUUGUUCGACGAUUGGCAAUAGGAUUUGUGAUUCUGGCCAUACUAGGCCUCUUAUACGUGCCAGCGUACCACUCCGCGCAGAGUCCAUUCUUAAGCUUAAGUGAAACUCCAUCCUCUGCAGAACCUCUUGGCAAUUCGCGCUUGAUAGGCGCCGUGGCACAAUUGCCUGGAUGGUCAUAUAAUACAUCAAGAGAUGUCUGUGUUUACAUUCAUCCAGAGAAUAACACAUCGAUUCUCAGUCCUACCGGCAUCUGCUCGCUACCGCCAUACCUGCUAAUAAUAAUAUGCUCGGCAGUCGCAAAUCAGGAGGCCCGUUCAGCUAUUAGGAGUACUUGGGCCAAUAAAUAUAACUUAGAUAAUUUGUACAAUUCUACAGUAAAAAUAGCAUUUUUACUAGGAAAAAGUGAUAAUGAUACACUCAACAAUUUGAUUGUUGAGGAAAGUUCCCAGUACAAUGACAUUGUGCAAGAACGUUUCUUUGAUACAUAUAACAAUUUGACGCUAAAAUCGGUCAUGAUGCUGAAAUGGGUGACGUCGAAUUGUGAUCAAGCUAAAUACCUCAUGAAAACGGACGACGACAUGUUCGUAAAUAUUCCCUUGCUUCUGCAAACGCUGCAUUCGAAUACGCAAACGGAGACUCUCCUAGGUUCCCUCAUUUGUAAUGCUAAACCAAUACAAGAUCCAAAAAACAAGUGGUAUACGCCCAAGUAUAUGUACUCGGAGAAAACAUAUCCAAAUUAUUUAUCAGGCACAGGGUAUGUUAUGAGUGUGGGUGUGGCAGCUAAAUUAUAUCAAGCAGCGUUGAUAACGCCGUUGCUACACUUGGAGGACGUUUACGUAACGGGUUUAUGCGCGAAGCGCGCGAAAGUCCGGCCCCUCAACCAUCUUGGAUUCAGUUAUAUACCUCGCAAAAUAGAUCCCUGCGUGCUCAGGAACGCUAUUACCACGCACAAGGUCAAUGCGUCCAAUAUGUAUGUGAUUUGGACAAAAGUGAACGAUACGAGCGUUUUGUGCAGCAAUCGUACUCGCGAUUACAGAAGACCGAUCUCUUUGAGCAGAAGCGGCCGAAACGCCGGCUACUAUGUCUUCAAGAGAAAAACUAUAAACAAGUGCGUUUAAGUACACUUCUGAUAACAUUGAUUCCAUACGUUGUUACAAGACUUAAUUUUUUUUUUAUCGAGCUUCCUGCUAAAUCGCGAGUGGAAUUAAAUAGGUGAGAGAAAUGAUACAGAAGCUGUGAAUUUCCCCAUUUAUAAAAAGCUUCGAGGAAAUUCUCACUUCGAUUUCUUAUGAAAUUAUUUAUUUAUAAAUCUAUUUGCGCAGACAUCGAAAUAUUGCUUGUUAUUACUUUCUAUCAUUACGCUAUUUGCUAUGCAACUCAUGGUUCAUUGUAAAAAAUGUAAUUCGAGUUUUGAGGCGAUAGAAUCUUCAAUGAAUUUUCGCAAAUCUUCGAUUCUGUCAGGCUGUGUCCAAUUUCCAUUGUUAGUUUACGAUUAAUAGAUUAAGCCUUUAAGUUUUACAAGACUACGGCCAAUUUGCACCGAUAUAUAGAAUCUAACCGAAAGUCCAUCGAUUAACGGUUCUCUGUCUUCUUACGAAUUAUUUAUUUCGCGUAUAGUAAACGCGAAGUUUUAAUUGAUUAAUAUAUAUAAAUAUUAACGUUAACUGAUAUCGGUGCAAUUGGUACAAUACGUGUAACAAUCGUGACAGACGACACACCGAAGGUUUUGUAUAUUUUUCUAUUUAAACCAAAGUAGUAUUUAAGGAUAUACGCUGUCAAUUAGAUCUUUUAUAUAAUUUACAUUAUUUUUUCCGCCUGUUUAUGUAAGACAUGAUUAAAAAAAAAACGACAAGAUGUAAUCUAUGAGAAAGAAGUGUGUUCAUGGACAGUUUUUUCGAAUGUGUUGAACUUCUCGAUUGUCACUUCCUAAUGACAAUUAAAUCAUAUAAUUAUCUAUGAAACAUAGAAAAUUUUCCGCGCGAUAUGAAUUUUGUUACGAUUCUUCACAAGAAUUGACAAUUGAAUAUCUUGUGGCUGGAAAGUCACAGGGAAGCGAAGCUUCCCUUUAUUUUAAUAAUACAAAUAAUGCUGUUGCUUCCACGUACUUAUGCGAAAUUAUUUAGGAACGUAAUAGCAUUAUAAUAUUAUUAAUCUACAUGUUUCCGAAUCUCCUAAAUAGCCUUAUGUUUCCUAAGCAUAGUAUAAUAUUAUAAAUUAAAUAUGUGAAAAUUGCUUCCUGUUUAGUAACAUAGGAUAUAAAUAUAUUUUAAUUUAAUUUCUAUUUAAACAACAAAAUAAUGACUUGUUCUAAUAACGUUAUCUGAAUUUCGUCUUUUAUUCGUAAAUAAAAUUGACUUUUUAAAAUUUA